AUGAGAAGAGUGGUUCUCCGGCUGGAAAAACGGCAACUACUCGGUAUAUUCACCAGAAACCUCUCGAAAAACACAUCUCGUACGAAGGAAACAAGCGAAACCCCCUCUGAAGAGAGCCAAGAAGAUUAUUUCCAGGAUCUCAACGCUCGAAUCAACAAGUACAAGCACGAGCUCUCAAAAAACAAGUCGUUGGCCAGUUUCCGUGCUCGAGAGCUCACCUCUCAAAUUGCCAACAUCUCUCAAAGUAUAGCUUCCGUAAAGUCCAAACAGAGCCUCCUCUCUAGCCUCAUGGAUCCUAACUCUUUGUCAAAUAUACCAUCGAGUGUUUCAAUUGAGAUUUUAAGCAAUGGAACAGCUCAAAUGGCUCCCUCAAUUUUUCUACGGACCCCUCUGAAAACAUAUUUAUUCAAUUGCCCAGAAGGUGCCGCUCGCUUUAUUCCAAGCUUGCGAUUAAAAGGCAACAAUAUUCAAGAUAUUUUUGUAACAAGGGGUGUUUGGGAUAACAUUGGAGGCAUCUCUGGAAUUUUGUUGGGAAAGGAUCCAUCGACGCCAAUUACACGAUUGCACGGUGCAAUGAGCGUCAAGAAUUUUCUCGAAUGCAUCCGUCCAUUUCAAGACGCUGAUUUCGGUUCAGCAAAAUAUCCGAGUCAGGUGGAAGAAUGUCCUUUCUCUCAAGGAGUCUAUGAGGAUCCUGCGAUGAAGGUCACCUAUAUUCCGCUAAGCGCACCUCUUUCUGCAAGUGUUGGCAACAGGAAGGGUUCAUCCUUGGAUAUGGCCUAUCUUAUUCAACUUACUAAACCCACGAGGCGCAUCGAUGUCAAUAAAAUUUUGAAGUUAAAGGUGCCUAAAGGGCCGUUAAUUGGACAGUUAAAAGCUGGAAACUCGAUAACGCUUAGCGACGGGUCUGUGAUUACUCCAGAUGAUGUUUAUAUGGAUGAAGACCCAAACGGAACAGAAAUGCCUGUACUACUGGUAGCUGAAUGUUUUGACCAGCAUUGUCUGGAUUCUCUUGCUUCUAGUUCAGUUCUACAACCAUUUCUCAAUGGGACUCAAACUUUGAAUUAUAUGGUUCAUCUCUCCAAAUCGGACAUCUUGAGACUGCCAAAAUACGAAAACUUUCUAAGUGGGCUGGGAUCAGAUUGUCAGCAUAUUAUCGUGAACGGAGACGGCCCGUGCAUCCCUCAUUCAGAAGGAAUCUAUCGUCAGCAAAGGCGUCUGCAUCAACUUUCUGGAAUUCUCUACCCCGAUCUUUUUCCCAAAUGGACCGGAAUAGUGACACAAAACUCUAAAUUGGCACGAAUCGAUAAAUCAUUUGUUUAUGCUGCCCCUUUACAACGAUUUUACAUGCGCACCGGUGGAGGAGAAGAGCCGAUAACUCUUGAUUUACGCGAAGAAUUACUCGAGGACGAGAGAAGUAAAGACUGCCAGAAUACCACGGAGGAAAAAGAUAUAUUUAAAAAGAAGUGCUUUGAGCUUGUAGAAAUGUCUGAAAAGGUGUUAACUGAAGAGCCCGUCGAAUUUCCGUGUGUUUCAUUUUUGGGGACAUCGUCAGCAACUCCAAGUAAAUACAGAAAUGUUACUGGCUAUCUGGUAGAGACAAGCCCAUCUUCUUCAUUUCUCGUUGAUGUUGGAGAAGCUACUCUGGGCCAAUUACGAGUACUUUAUGGUGAUCAAAGAUGUCUAGAGAUUCUGGUUGGUUUAAAUGCUGUUUUUAUCACACAUGCUCAUCAGGACCACAUUGGUGGUAUCUUUUCCAUUAUUGAAAAGCGACGAGAGGCUUUCACAAAGCUUGGCAUCCCUUUUAAAAAAAUGGCAUUGAUAUGCAAUAGAAAUGUCACCAAGCCACUCAAAACCUAUACACAAAGCUUUUCAAGCAUUGAGGAUCUUUAUGUUGAAGUCAAUCUAUCAACAGUUGUUUCAACUUCCCACGAGAGGAACAUACCACUUUCUCCAGUUCAAGAAAUUACACCACUUUUGCCGCAUGACUUAUACAACGCAUCGCUUUGGGGAAUUGAACAUGUUCGCGCAGUCCAAGUUCACCACACUCGAAUGGCAAAUGGAUUUGUUUUUCUAUGUAAGGGCAAGAAGCUAGUCUUUAGUGGCGAUACAAAACCAUGUGACCUGUUAGUUAAAGAAGGUGAUGAAGCGGAUUUAUUGAUACAUGAAUGCACAUUUGAAGAUGGAUUUGAGAAAGAUGCAGAACGAAAGAAACACUCAACAAUGGGUCAAGCUGUUGAUAUUGCGAUGCGCAUGAAAGCAAAAUCUACAAUCCUUACGCAUUUUUCGGCUCGAUAUACAAAGGUUCCACCCCUGCCAGACUAUUUGGAUGAAAAAGGAAACAUUGGCGUGGCAAUGGAUAAUCUAAGAGCACGAUGUGAUCAUUGGCAAUUGAUUCCUCGGCUAAUUCCCCUGUUUCGGCACAUGUUUAAAGAAGAGCUAUUUGAAUUGGGUCUAAGAAAAGAUCAACGUGAUCUACGCCAACAAGUGAUCGAUUUCAAAAACAGCGAGAGUGUUGUCAAUGUUCAGAAGACAGUGGUCGGGAAGAGAGCUGCUCCUUCAAAUCUUAGCAAAAAUUCGAAGAAAAAUCGUACUCCUAAUUCU